GGCUGCCCCUUGUGUAUCAUAUUACAGCCAGUAUUUGCCCUUUGUUUUGUUGGUAUUUUGUCAAUUUAAAAAAUGGCUUUCUGUGCAAAAUUGGUACUCCUUUUCGCUGCAAGCUUUUGUAUUCUAGUCACCCCGGGCGAAUCCCAGCUACCAACAUGGCUUGCUUUGCUGGGAAAUAUGAACAGGACCGCAAUGGCUGGUCUGCUCAAGCAGUUGAACGUCAACUCUACGCUGUCUGAUAUGCUGGAGCGGCUUAAUUCAACCGACGGGCAAAAAUUGCUGCAAGGCAUCACCAAAGCCGUCAGUGGAAUGGAUGUUCUAUCGCUGUUCGGAAGUCAGAUUAUGAACACUUUGCGACAGAUGCCACUUGGAGAAUGUGGUCGCGAUUUGGAAAGAAUAAGUCAAAAUACAGAGGAAAUGAUCGCCUAUUUCGAUGCUGCAGGCAAGCCGCCCAGCAGCAUCACUCGUGGUAACCUGUACUGGCCCGUCUCCGUGGAACAAUGUCGGGCAAUCUCGAACACUCAUAUAUGUGGAUCCUCCAUGGGCAUUUGGAAACCUUUGGUCAUUCAGGGGUUCACGUGGACAGGAUGUUUUCCGAGCAGUUGUAACCAGCAGAAUGUCUCCGCUAUUAUGACAGCGGUUACGACACAAGUGACGCAAUUGACCAACCAGGGUCUGACGCUGGUACAUUACGUCUCCUUUUGUCCCUCUGGAGAACCUUCCUACGACACUGGCGCUAUAUGUACACUUGUUUUGUGCGCGUUAUUGUUACUGCUAUGUCUUAUUGGAACGAUACUCGACAUGAUCAUACAAGCGUUCGAUGAUAUCUCAAAACAGAAUACCCCGUCGCCCGAGCAGACCAACAACUUUGCAUUACAACCGGAGACACCAUUUGAGGGACCACAAACACAAAAAGAUGUCGAAAAAAUUACCGAAGAACCGCCAACAGAGGUUAAAACUACCUCCGAACCGCCCAGAUUUCUCAAAUCGAGUGUCUGCGAGGUGUUCUUAUGUUUUUCUCUCAUUCGUAACACCAAGAAGAUAUUCAAUACAGAUGUUCCACCAUCGGCUAUUACAUCAAUCAAUGGCAUACGAGUUAUCAGCAUCUGGUGGGUCAUUCUCGGACCCGUUUUCUUGUAUUUUGUCCUCAGUCCAAUUGUGCAAAAUAAAAUACAAUAUGUCGAAGAUGCUAAGAAGCUCUCCGUAAUGCCUGUGAUCAACGCUUAUUACGCUGUCGACAGCUUCUUCUUUUUGAGUGGUCUCCUAGUGGCCUACACGUGUUUAAGGAAGAUUGCAAAAAAUGAUGGGAAAUUUAACUGGGUCCUGUUCUAUGUUCACAGAUUUUGGAGGCUCACCCCUUCGUACAUGUUCGUUAUUUUGUUCACCGUCCACGUGAAAGGAUUAAUAUCAGAUUCUCCCUACUGGAACGUGUAUUACAAGGAUCCGUUCUGCGAAGAUAAAUGGUGGACCAACCUAUUGUACAUCAAUAACUUUUACCCUGAGGAGUUUAACGAGCAGUGUAUCGGGUGGACAUGGUAUCUGGCCAAUGAUAUGCAGUUCUUUGUUAUAUCUCCUGUUCUGUUGGUUUUGGCAUACAGGAAAAAAUGGCGUGGGUUACUCAUUAGUUCGGGAGCAUUGCUGUGCAUAAGUUCUAUCACAAUUGCCGCACUUAUUGGAGAUUAUGACCUUGAUCCUGUGGUUAACCUCAAGUCCAUUGUCCGUGGCUCACCAGAACUUCAUAAAAAGGCAGCGGAAUUUGAUAAGUAUGUCUACAACAAACCUUACUGUCGUAUUCAACCUUAUCUCAUUGGAUUUGUCCUUGGUUAUGCCAUUUACGCAAAGUACCGCGUGCCCAUCAGAAGACGCGGUUGGUUGCUUGCCGUUAUUGGUUGGUCUAUAGCAUUUGCCAUCGCUAUGACAGUCGUGUAUGCUCCUUACCAGUCAACUCUCCCGGGCAAUCGUGAGUGGAAUAAAACAGAAAACAUCUUCUUUGGGACAUUCCAACGUCUUCUUUGGGGCCUGGUACUGGCUUGGGUCACGUAUGCUUGUCACUAUGGAUACGGAAGUUACAUUCAGCAGUUUCUGUCAGCGAGAUUUUGGAUUCCCCUCAGCCGCCUGACCUAUUCCGUGUAUCUCAUUCACAUGGUUGUGAUAAGUUUCAUGUUUUUUGCGACGACUCACCAGGUCCACUACGACUUAUUAACCGCCUCCUACUUCUUCAUCACAGCGACAGUUCUUUCUUAUGCGGUUGGUUUUAUCCUGGCUGUAGUCAUCGAGUUUCCAUCGGAAAAUCUGGAAAACCUCGCUCUGAAAUUGCUGCGUGGUGAACGAAAAAGCUAUGGCGUUAAGGCUUAGCCAAACUGCAAGAACACGUAUUUUCUCUUUUGCUUUUUAUUAACGCUUUUUUUAUACGCGAAUAUAUAGUAAGUAUUUGUAAAAUUUCUAAAAAUUUCUGUAAAAACGUAAUGU